CGACGAACGGAUGAGAAGUGAAACGAUAUGUGAAGUUAGUAUAAGUGAAGUAGAAGUAGGUGGGCCAAGUUACGAUAACUAAGUCUUAGCUAAUCGUUCCUCGAUAAAAUUAGUCUUUGUCGGUUUAAAUGGAAAUUUCGCGACGUUGUUUAAACAGCCUUUAAAACGGAAGAACGUUCGUGCUACGAGGUCAAAGAUGGAGGAGUAGUGUUAAAGAAGAAGAAAAAGAAGAGGAAAAAGAAAUACCUGGUGGCUUUACCAACGUAGACAAGAGACAUCGCGAAUAUUUUUUAUUCUGCCCUUUUUUCUUUCCCGUCUUUUUUUUCUUUUUUUUCUUUUCUUUUCUUUCUAUCACCGAAGACUCUCUCUCGUCAGUUUUACGUCGCCGCAGAAGUCGUACAAGUGUUUUUAAAUCCCCUCAUUGACCAAGUCUGACAUAUCCCACAGAACGUAUGUCAUCAUUAUCAUCAUCAUUAUCAUCGGUUAAAAUGUUCAUCGCGACAAUUUUAUCCCACUAGUUUGUGAUAUUCGUUCAAUAGUGUGUGUGCAUGCAUGCGGUGUGGUGUAGUGUAUUGUGUUCCGCUUUUCUUCUCUUCUGACAUUGAUGUCAAAUUACGCUUGAUUUUCAUUUCUCAAAAUUUUUCCGGAAUUCGUCUCUCCUCGUAUUGCAUUGCAUAAUCAAAUUCUGCAUGAUUGGGAUCAUUGAUGAUGUUUUAUCUAAACGGAAGGAUUGCUGGUGGUGAAACAGCUAGGAUCGAUAGAUCACCAGGAAAUAAGGAAGAUGAAUUUGGUUGGUUCAUCGGUGGAUUGGAAUGUCCUACAAAUAUGACUGGAAAUAAUAAAAAUAAGGAUUGCCGAUCGUCAGGAUCGUCAACUUCAAUGCUAUCGUGCAUCGAUUCGGACGAGGCUGAUGCUUACACCUUUGUAUCGGAUUAUUCGAAGAAUCCUGAUGACGAUAACGACAUCGAUUACGCUGAAGAGACCUGUGAAAAUAUAGAACUCACUACUUUAACCAGAAAUUCUAAUGAUGAAUUGGACAACGAUCUCAUUGAAAUGGACGCUCUUCGUACAUAUCAAUCGGAUACAACAACGACGACGACGAUGACAACGACGAUGACAACGACGAAAACAACCCAAAGAAAAGAUCAUAAUGUACACGAUGAAUUGGCAGGCGGUGAACCAAUACUUCAAAAAACGCGAGGAAUUUGUUAUACUCCAGAAAGAUUGAUCAGAUGCGAGGAAUACAGGAUUUUAAUACCGUCCCCACGUUUUCUUUCUAUGUCUCGUAUGAGUUCUGAAAAUGAGAAUCUACGUAAGACUAGGCUAGCAAAUAAACGACUUAAUUAUCUCAUCGAUUCGAAACAAAUUGGUGACCAACGUUUAAGAGCAUUAUUGGAAUCGUACAACAAGAACGAAGAUAAUUCAAAAAUACUAAUAAAUCGAACAAGCUCUCCUAAUCCCGUCGUUAAUACGACGAGCAUCCUUCAGGAUGACGCCGUGCUCAAGAGGAUGACAACAACGACAACAACAACGACGACGACGACUGAAGUAUCGAAAGCUUCAACAACCGAUACGAUUAGCAAUAGAUCGAGUUACGAAAGGCUAAGUGUUACCUGGGAUGAUUUAAAGAAGCAGUCAGUAGUAACAGCAACAGCAACAACAACUCGUCGAUCAUCUGUAGAAGAUACUUCAGGUAUUCAAAGCAACGAUUGGAGUUCUGAAACUCAAAGUGACACACAAACAAAUCCUCCUCUUUAUUUUUGCGAUGAACUUGGUAAUAAUUCAUCCAGUGAUGUUUGCAGUACCGAUUUCAUUCAGGUACAAUCCACGCCUAUAAACGAGAUAGUAUCGAUUCUACAGGAGCUCGAAAGUAAUCCAGAAAAGGCAAGGAUCCUGUUGGACGAUGAUCGUUUUCGUGACAACACUUCGACUCACGAUAAUUUAACAAGAUUAGCAUUGACCAUAGAAACCGAUGGUAAUGUACCACCCGUUCACGGAGAACCAGAUAAAUCGGUUUAUUAUCUUCGUAAACGUGUUGAGAGACUUCAAAAUACGAAUAAGGAUAUUUUCAAGGAUAUUUGCGAACUGAGGAAAGACUUCGAGUACGAGGAAGAGAAGUUACUUGAUUUAUCAUCGGACGUUUUAAGACUGAGACAGGAUAUACAUGAAGUGAAAUGCAUCGAUGAUUUAUUAAGGCUUUUACGAGGUGAACUUGAAAGGAUAUCGAACAGGAACUGGCCAUUUGUAAUCGGUCAUACUGAACAACAAGAAGAAAUGAAUUUAGUCGUAUAAAUUAUUUUUCUUUUUUUUCUUGAUACUAAUUAUUCCUCGAUAAUCAUAUCGAGAUAUACGGAAAGAGAAGAUAAAACAACAGUCUUGAAAAUAAUUACUGCCAUAAAAGUCGCUUACAAUAUUUUUUUUCUUUCCCCCGACCCCCAAAGGAAGAACAAAGCAAAAUGAAAAA